GGCGUGUCGUAGGCGGGGCAAUAGCAAACCAGCCAAUCGACGAGCAGCUUUUUACUAGACACGUUGGUCUUGACUUACAGGCAGUUAAGAGGGAAAUCUAUUAAAUACAUUCUGCCUUAACCAGGUCUAAUUGAAAAUGUUUCAGAUUUAGUGUUUUAUUAUUCUUCCAAAAUAUGAUCAAUUUGUAGCACAUGGUAAUAUACAACUAAGCAAGGAGGAUAUUAAUAGCGCAUCUAGUAUAUUUUGUCAUAAUAUAAACCUAAUAUUGUCGCGAGUGGAAGGGUUUAAAAGUAUUCACGAUCUUAAACAAAAUCUAAAAUCCAUUGACACAUUUGUUCGUUUACAAUUUUAACAGGCACGCAGGUAUACGCUAAGUAAAUCAAGUAUCGAUAUAGUGAAGCUUCAAAGCUGAAUGGAUUACGGAAUGAGCUGAAAUUUGAAGUCGUGUUUUUGUUUCGUGCGUAUAGUUGUGAGAGGAAAUGUAAUGAUUUUCAAUCGGGAGAUACUAGAAAAUAAUAGCAAGUAAGCAAAAAAAAAAAGACUUGUAUGUUUAUGAGUGUCAGUGAAAUCGAAGAUCACAACUAGCGGGUUUAAUAGUUAAAAGGAAGGAUUUAUAUCCCAGCGGGACGACUGACUUUUUUGCCACUUCUGGCCGCUGGAACAUUUAUUGUCACAUGGGUUAGAGACUCGAGCCAUGGUUAUCCGAAGUCAACCCGUCGUAAGCGGGACCAAUAUCAGAUAGCAUUGCAUUUUCACAAUGAACCCGAGAUACAGCUGUUGCCUAUUAGUACUCUGCGUGCUUGUGCUGGAGAGCCAGAUACCGUCUACUAGCGGCCAGUUCGCCGGCGGCCGCUCGUCGUCGUCGGCCCCACCGCCCGCCCUCACGGAGCAGCAGAAGAGACGCGCCGUCGAGGCGCUGGAGUCGAGCCUUCUGACGAUGUUCGGUUUCUCCCGCCGACCGCGCCACAACCGAGGGGAGAUCGUAAUUCCCCAGUACAUGAUCGACCUCUAUCGGCAGGAGAGCGGGGAUGUGGAGACGGACAUCCCCUCCAUCUUCUCGAGGCGUCAGGGCGCCGUGCAAUCAAACACUGUGCGCAGCUUCUUCCAUGAAGACACGCUUCACAACAAAGGUUGCCAUGAGGAUACAUGCGCGCGCAUUUGGUUCAACGUGUCCGCGAUCCCGGAUUCUGAGACGCUUGCAGACGCAGAGUUGAGGAUCUUCGUACAACGAAACAACACACACGAACCAAACAGUGAUAAAGUAUUAAAACACAAAGUUCAGUUGUUCGAAAUCAUGAGGCCAGUAUCAUCGGGCGUGGUCGCGCCCAUCAGUCGAUUGAUAGAUGUUCAAAAUAUAGAAGUGACUAAUUCGACUUGGAUAACGGUCGACGUUUUACCCGCAGUUUUAAAGUGGAAAAAUAAGCCACGGACAAAUUAUGGCUUGGAAAUUCGCCUCGUUCCUUUUAGCGAUUCAAAUUCUCCAACUAAACACGUGCGGUUGCGUCGAUCAGCAGAGUCUAGUGACAAUGAGUGGAAUUUACAAAGACCAUUGCUAGUGACUUAUACGGACGAUGGGAAGGCGUCUGUGUCCCGGCCGAAGCGAGCGACUGAGGCGGGAACAAGCACAGGAAGUAGUGAUAUUAAGAAAACUGACAAUAACGAGACAACAACGCAACCAAAUAAAGUGAAGCGAAAAAAGUGCCCAAAGGGCGCCGAAGGCACUGAAUGUAGAAAACAGCGUAAAAAGGAGCGCAGGCGCCGAAAGAAGGAACAGCGGGAGCAGGAGCGCAGAGAACGAAAGCGAAAAGCCAAAGAGGAGAAGAACAAGAAUAAGAAAAAUAAUAAGAAGAAUCCCGACGGAAAGGAAGUGCAGGGACACAAAAACUUGUGCCAAAGAAAGGAUUUACACGUAGAUUUUAGUGACGUCGGCUGGAACGACUGGAUAGUAGCGCCGCUUGGGUAUGACGCUUACUAUUGUGACGGCGGCUGCCCGGUGCCGCUCAGUGACAGUUUAAACGCCACGAAUCACGCUAUAGUGCAAACGUUAGUGAACUCGGUGGACUCUAGAGCGGCACCGAGCGCUUGCUGCGUUCCCACCACGCUCAGUGCGAUUUCUAUGUUAUAUCUGGACGAGUUUGGUAAAGUGAUACUUAAACAGUACGCCGAUAUGGUGGUGGAGGGCUGCGGGUGUCGGUGAGGGGGUGACGGCGUGGGAAUCUGUCUCCAAGGGAACCAAGUGUGUUCCCCGUCUAGUGUUUACAAGAACGGGUCAAGGUCGACGUUGUACCGACGUCUUCCUUUCGUUACGUUUCGUCAUGUUGCGUUAACGUUAACGAGUAAAAUUGUGCUAUAUUUACGCUGUUUUUCUAUUUGUUGAACGUUAUAGAGACGUACAAUGCUAGUUUAUACUAGUUUUUUUUAUACUAGUAAUUUGCGAAAUGUGUUCGAUCGAGCUACCGAAUAUAUGUAAUGAUAUCAGAUAGCAGCAGGAUUUAGGGAGUGAUGUUAUUAGUCUUAGUGCUCAGUAGGAAACAUGAAGGUGGCGGGGCCUGCCGGUAGAUAUGAACGCGUGACAUCAGUUCGCGUACCAGUGCUCCGUUGUUAAUGUGAAAUAACACGCUUCACGCAACAUGUACUCGUAUAUGUAUAUAAUAAUAAUGUAUAUAUUUAUUUUAACGACAAAAUGUUUAUUUAUAAUUACGAUAUGUUAUUAUUGUAUAGUUGUUAUUCUAUUGAAUAGUGAAAAUGGUUUUGUUGCAGAUUAUUUUUGUUUCUGAUUAUUAUAUGUAGAAAUUCUUCCGAAGAAAUGAGCAAAAAAUAAAUGAGAAAUGAAAUUUAAAA